AUGGACUUCAUCCCCCGCAAGUGCUCCGUCACCGGUCGCCUCCUCACCAUCAAGGACCACGCUUCCGUCCAGAUCAACGUUGGUGAGGUCGAUGAGAACGGCCGCCUGACUGGCGACUUCAAGACCUACGCCGUCUCCGGCUACGUCCGCGCCAACGCCGAGUCCGACGACUCCAUCACCCGCCUCGCCAAGGAGGACGGCCUGCUCCAGGAGUCCUUCACCGCCUAA